GUGUGUGUGUGUGUGUGUGUGUGUGUGUGUGUGUGUGUGUGUAUGUGUAUGUGUGUGUGUGUGUGUGUGUGUGUGUGUAAGUCAAACAGAUUUUGUAACAGAGCCGUGCCAAGAGGGUACAGUCCACCUCGACUUCAGCAGUGAGUGAACAGAUCUCUGCAGGAAAAUGAUCUCCAACCAGAUGGGUUCAGUGUUUGUGACGCUGGUCUGUGUUUCCAGUUUGGUUGCAGCAAACCCAAAGAAGCUGAUCCCCCGACAGACAGCAGCUGCACAGCAGGGGGGCGCUGUUCUCUUCUACGCUGCCUUCCAGGGCCAGCUGAGAGACAUCGAGUUCAACCCGAUCACCUUCAACGACGUGCUGGUGAACCAGGGCUCGGCCUACAGCAAUGACUCGGGGGUUUUCACCGCGCCAGUCACUGGCAUCUACCAGUUUGUGUUCGCUGCCCUGCUGUGCCGCGGAAACCACAACAAUGUCUGGUACUUCGUGGUCAACGGGGCCCGGAGGACCAGCUGCCACGCUCAGGUCUCUGGCGGGGACACAACCCUCAACACCUGCUACUGCCUGGAGGACUUGAAGAAAGGGGACCAGGUCUGGAUGAAGCAGUUAUCCGGGACCUGCGCCUGGGCUAGCACAGUCUCCAAAACCAUCACCUUCUCCGGGGUCCUGCUGGCCAGCGAGGGGGUGUCCACGCUGGGGGCGAAGUAUGGCUCUGGUAGCUCCUGUCCCAUCUCCAGCCCGGGCCUCAUCAGGACCAUGGUGUCUGGCUCUGAGGACCUGAAGGCCUCUCUGACCGGUGUGGUCCUCACUCUGCUCUGCUGGCUCCUCUGGGACUAACCAUGGGGGGUCACUGAGCCAGGGGGCUUCCUCGUAGUUUUAGAGGUUGUUUUUCUUUAGUCAUUUGGCAAAGAACCCGUUUUUAAGAUGACCAACGAUUGGAUUUAUCGGCGAUGCUUUUAAGCAUUUUAAUCACAGUUUCUGCGUUUUAACACUUGCUCUUACCGUCGUCGGAUCGGUUCAUCCCAAUAACACACGUAAUCAGAUUUAUUGGCGGUGUUUGAAGGUGUGAGACGCUGCGGGUGUGUUUUGUUUCAGUGUUGUCGGCUUUUAAUGUGUCUUGGAUAACAUGAGCGUCUAAUAAUUCAACAUUAAAGACAUCUGGAGUUGAA